UGGUGAAGCGGUGCGCCCAUGGCGUUUGUAAAUCCGACACUAGAUACCCCGAGAGAUUGUCUGGAGGAGUUGUGUUCUUUCCAUUCCCAAAGCCGAAAACACAACGUGAGCGGUGCCUACAAUGGAUAAAACAGUGUGGACGGCCCCACUCCCGGUUAAAUGUGUCGAACAUUACGAAGCAUAAAUACGUCUGCUCAAAGCAUUUUAUGAAUGGAAAACCUACCCCUGAGUUCCCCAAUCCCAUAAAUGCUAUGCAAGGGCCUAACCCAGCUAAGGAGAAGCUUGGAGGCUGCCGAAAGUCGCCCAAAAAACGACGCAGAGUCUGUGUGCAGGAUGCCUCCUCCGGGUCCACCUCCACUACUGAUGCAGGAGAGAGUCAACAACAUGCUGUUGAAAGUGGGCUGAACUCUCCAGUACCUGGGUUUAUGAGGAGAGGCAGAUCUAGACUAGAGAACAUGGAUCCACUUCUAUCAACCAUUGACUCAGAGGAGAAAGAUGACUGGACCUCUCAUCUGGAGAGAUGCUGGAGUGAUGUAGUGAAAGGAGAGGAGGAGGUGAUGGCUGUCACAGUGAAAGAAGAAGAAAUUGAGGCCUUUGGAAUGAAAGACGUCAAACUAAUCACAAGAUUUAAAGGGAAGGAAGAAGAGGAAAAAGAAGAGAGCCCUAUUGGAAUGAAAGAGGAGAUGGAUAUCACAGUGAAAGAAGAAGAAGAAGAGAGCCCUAUUGGAGUGAAUGAGGAGAUGGAUAUCACAGUGAAAGAAGAAGAAGAAGAGAGCUUAGUUAUUGGAGAAGAGGAUGUUAUUUUGAAAGGCAAAGACAACAAAGCUUUUGCAGUGAAAGAAGAAGAGACAUCGCUCUCAGUGAAAAGAAGGAGGGAGAACCAGCAGGAGGAAGAAAGUGUUUUAGGAGUGAAAGGGGAGAGUGAGGGGAGAGAAAACAAAGGGGUGAUGACUCUUACAAUGAAAGAGGAAGAGGACAUUGGAGAUCUGAUUAAUUGUAGCAGGUCACAGGGAGCCCCUCAACUUGACAGAUCUGCCACAGCUGCAGUACAGGAGGCUUCGGUAUGCUCCGCAAGGCGCUGCUCGGCGCUGCGUUUGUGCCCACUCUGCCCAAAAGUGGUGGUCGCCUUCAGCCAACACCUCAGGGUGGCGCACGUUGUGAGGAACACGGCGGAGAGGUUGCUCCUGUGUAACUGGCAGUCGGGCCGUAUCAACGUCCGGCAGGAGCCUUGUCCAGUGCCGGGAUGCGCCGCCCAGAUCCAACGGCUGGACCGGCACAUGGCCUCCCACAUGGAGCUCAGCAGAGCGCAGAGGAGAUGGGCUUUGGACGGAGUGAAGAGACGUGUGACGAUGGAGCGACUGGCGGCGUUGAGGGCGUCGAACCCCGCAGUCCCGAUGGCCACCCGCUUAGACCUUCUGGAGGCAGCGUGUCGGAGUGAGGAUGGCUUGGCAGACUUGCCGUUGCCUUCCGUGGCAGAAGGAAGGGCGGACGUGGGCUGCCAGGGUUAUUCCUGCCGAGCGACGAUUCUCAGGCUGCAGAAACAGGUGCAGGAGAGGGAUGAGGCCCUGACCAAGAGAAGGGAGAACAUCAAAUCCCUUAGAGAGAAGAACCUAAAAUUGACCUCUGAGCUGAAUAAACUGAAGAAAAAGUACAGACAACUGGAGAGUCAGUAGGAUGUCAGGACGAAGAAGAAGAGGUCCCUUUAGUGCUGACAGCUGCCAGGGUUCAUGAGAACUACGACGGCCAAGACUUUGCCAUUGUUAAGAUACAGAGUUGUUGUUAGAACACCAUGUUAACAAUGCAUCGUUCAUUUCAUAUGGAGUUUUAGGACAUAUGAAGGUUUGUGGGGAAAAGGUGAAAAUAUGUUGAUUACAGGGAGAUAGGCUGUUACCGUUAUUGUGUAUCAAAUAUCAACAUGCUUAUGUGUGCACAGAUUGCAUGGUGUUAUUUGAUCACAUAUCAAAGUGAAUUAUGCUCGACUGUAACAAUAAACAAAUAAAUACUUCCCCUUGUUAAUGUACAUCUUUAUCUUUUUCAGAUUUUGUAGCUACAGUAUAUUCAACAAAUACGAAAUAACGUACAAAACAGAAAACGCAGGUGCCAUCAUAUUUCCAACACAGUCCUAAAUGUAAUGGGUUAUGAAAAUGUAUUACAAACAAAAUUAUAAAUACAAAAUGAUUAAAGCAAAAUGCAGACUGUUACCAUUUCUUGAGAGAAGCGGUAUGUUACCACAAUCUUGAGGUGGUGACAACUGUAACAAUUUGCUGAAAUACCGUGACAUCAAUGACAUUGUGAAAAAUCCCCUGCUUCUGCCGAAUAGGUGUCACGUCAUCACUUCACGAUAUGCGCAUAUCAUUUAGAUAACGCAGUACUAUUGUCAAUGCCGGUGACUCGGUUGAUGUUCGCUUAUUAUAUUAUUUAGUUAGUAAAUUGUACACAAAACCAGCGUGCGUAAAGAAAAGUGAUUCGCUUCGGUUAAGCAUCAUUGAUGUUUACUAAAGUUAAGCGAAUUACUUUUAGAACAUGUUUGAGUUUGCUAGCUUUACGUCACGAGACAAAUGCACGAUUACCGUGCUAGGUUUGCACUGGUUAGUCCGCGGAAAGUGUUUAGGCUACCGUCAGCUCGGUUUAAAGAAUAUAUCAUUACAAUUGUUAUCGUUGUUAUAUUCCGUUAUUACACAUCCGUUGUAAUAGUUAAUUUGUGGGGGGAAAUAGUGUCAUAUACAGGUCUCCUUUUUCUGUGAACUCUAUAGUUGUUUAUGCAAGUGCUGUAAUGCCAUUCCAAUAGAUGUUCAUGUAUGGUAAAAUCUGAACAUAAGCCUGACUGUAAUAACAUUAGAUUCACUUAUUCCUUUAUUUGAGACCACACGCAAUCAUUCUUAAUGGCAAAUCUUGUGCACACAUUGAAAACCAUUAAAUCAUCUAAAUUGGAACCUGGAGUGCUUACAUUCUUUUUACAGAGGAUUGAGGCCAGUAUUGUACAGCCAGCAAUACCAACACAUACCAACACAACUAUGGUAGGGCUUCAUCCUUAUGUGAAUCCGUUGAUGUCUACUGAGAUUACUUGCUUUAUUGAAUGUCUUCCCACACUGGUAACA